ACCCCCUCCCUCUCUGAUCCCCUAUUGACUCUGAAUAAAGUCCAUCCAGCGUUGGCCACCACUAGGUGUCACACUUUCCCUAGACAAUGCUGUCACUAUGGUGACAACAGCUUAGCAAGGGCCGGAAGUGACGUGACAACCCGGAAGUUCCUGGCUGUCGGGUUAUCCUGGUCACCUUUGUUACAUCACGCCGCCGGGUGGCAGACGAGUGGCCGGAGAUCGAGUGAAAAAACACCGGGUUGAACUCCUCCCGGUGUGCGGACACCAUGUUCUCGCUUAGCAACACGGUGCAGCCGCAGGUUACAAUACCACUUAGCCACCUUAUUACUGCCUUCCACUCUCCCAAAACUGCAGUGUAUUUUCCCAGCUCGGCCUCCUCUCAGGUUCUGCAGCGUGAAUUGACCAGUGAUUGUGAAGCCUACAGCGCUGAGCCUCUUCUAAAUCUCAGGGACCUGGGUUUGUCCGAGUUGAGGACCGCAGACCUUGAUACACUUCUGGUCAGGCUUCUUCCUGGCUUCUUCUCUGAUAAAAAGAAAACCUCCAGCUGGAAUACAUCAUAUGUAUCUGCUGAGUCUUUCUUUGAAAACAGAAAUGGAUAUCCAAACACUUUCAGUGCUUUGCGACCAUUUUCCAUGCAACAGCAAAGCCCAUUAAAGCAAGUCAGCACGGACCUCCAGCGUUGGCCAGGUUACAUACAGACUCGGGGAUUCAAGACUGUGAAAGGAAGAGUCAGACGUCUGCAGUCCACCUCUGAGCGCAUUGCCGCGGCAGAAAAUGCUGCCCCUUCAUUUGUGAAAGGAUUCUUGAUGAGAGACAGAGUUCCAGAUGUAGAAAACUUGGACAAGAUUGUUAAAAAUAAAAAUGUUCCAGAAGGACAGCAGGAUGCCUUCAAGAACGGGUUUGCCGAGGGAUUCCUAAAAGCUCAAGCUCUUACUCAGAGGACCACUGAAUCUCUGAAAAGAACCCGCUACAUCCUACUGGCUGUGUUGUUACUUGGCAUCUAUGGUUUAUCAAAAACCCCAUUUUUAUCGGUUCGUUUCAGAGCCACCUCUGGUCUUGACGCAGCUGUAGAUCCAAUACAAAUGAAAAAUGUAACCUUUGAACAUGUGAAAGGGGUUGAAGAGGCAAAACAAGAGCUACAAGAAGUGGUAGAGUUCUUGAAAAAUCCUCAGAAAUUCACAGUUUUAGGAGGAAAACUUCCCAAAGGUAUCCUUCUGGUUGGACCUCCUGGAACUGGGAAGACUCUCCUCGCUCGAGCUGUGGCGGGGGAAGCUGAUGUUCCUUUUUAUUACGCCUCCGGCUCUGAAUUUGAUGAGAUGUUUGUGGGCGUCGGAGCAAGUCGCAUUAGGAAUCUAUUCAGGGAAGCCAAGACCAACGCACCAUGUGUCAUAUUUAUUGAUGAGUUGGAUUCUGUGGGCGGUAAAAGGAUUGAAUCUCCCAUGCACCCCUACUCUAGACAGACUAUUAACCAGCUCCUUGCAGAGAUGGAUGGCUUCAAACCCAAUGAAGGUGUCAUAAUCAUUGGAGCCACAAACUUCCCAGAAGCCUUGGAUAAUGCCUUAGUACGUCCUGGUCGUUUUGAUAUGCAGGUGACAGUCCCCAGGCCAGAUGUAAAGGGACGCACAGAAAUCCUGAAAUGGUACCUGAACAAGAUCAAAUAUGAUCAUUCCAUUGAUGCUGAAAUAAUCGCUCGUGGCACGGUGGGUUUCUCUGGGGCGGAGCUGGAGAAUCUUGUUAACCAGGCCGCACUGAAAGCUGCUGUGGAUGGAAAAGAGAUGGUUACCAUGAAGGAAAUGGAGUUUGCCAAGGAUAAAAUACUCAUGGGUCCUGAAAGGAGAAGUGUGGAGAUAGAUGACAAGAAUAAAACAAUCACUGCCUAUCAUGAGUCAGGGCAUGCUAUUAUUGCUUAUUUCACCAAAGAUGCAAUGCCUAUCAAUAAAGCAACAAUCAUGCCACGGGGCCCAACGCUUGGUCAUGUGUCUCUUUUGCCAGAGAACGAUCGAUGGAGUGAGACCAGGUCCCAGCUUCUUGCACAGAUGGAUGUAAGCAUGGGAGGCAGAGUAGCUGAGGAAAUCAUUUUUGGACCAGAAAACAUUACUACAGGUAAUCUCCUAUCUGACCUGAGUCUAGUUACUGCACAGCUCACAGGUUUACUGAUCUGUUUUUUUUUUGUUCUACUUUUAGGGGCUUCAAGUGACUUUGACAGUGCAACAAAAAUAGCAAAACUAAUGGUAACAAAAUUUGGAAUGAGUGAAAAGCUUGGGGUAAUGACUUAUUCUGACACUGCGAAACUGAGUCCAGAAACACAAGCUGCCAUUGAACAAGAAGUUAGGACAUUGUUAAAGGAUUCUUAUGAACGGGCAAAAACCAUUCUGAAAACUCGUGCAAAGGAGCACAAAAAUCUGGCUGAAGCUUUACUAAUGUAUGAGACUUUGGAUGCCAAAGAAAUUCAGAUGGUAUUAGAAGGAAAAAAGUUAGGUGCUAGAUGAUAUCUAUAUAAUGGACUGUGAGCUCCUCAUUGUUUUAUCGUCUCUGCGGAAUUCAUUCUCUAUAUUUACAUGCUACUUUUUAUUUAAGGUAUGCCAAAAUAUCGCUCAAUUUAAACAAGCCACAAUCGAUACCUUAUUUGCUCGCACAGCUUCAUCAUUAUUGAGUUAGGAAGUACCUUGGAAAUAGAGGCCUGUGUCAAUAAGAAGUGGGGAGGACCUCAGGGCAGGCUGUACAGGUAUCUGACAGUAUAGCAAACUUACACCACAUUGUGUAGGCAGGAAAUAGUCCAGUGUGUUAUCAUAACGUCCAUCACCUCUGUACAGCUACAUCCACCAUUCACAGAACAUGGCCUCAUGGUGCUUGAGUCGGCUAUUGCCAAUAUGUGUAUUGUAAUAUGUACCAGCUGCACUUCUUAGAACUUGUACAGUAACCCCCCGACAUGCGAUGGCCCCGACAUAUGACCAAA